GUAACAGAGGAUAAGAGUCUAGCUUCCUCUAGUCCAUAUGGUAGCAAGCUUCUAACUUCUGAAGUUCCCACUGUCUGGUUCUAUUUCUCUUCUCUGCAGAGCGCGAAAAAAGAUCGAUGGUUUACCUCUAGAUUUUAACAUUCCAGAGAUACAAACAAUCAUGUCAACUUUAUCAGUUUCUUCAUCGGUUUCGCCUCCUCUAUUCUCUCGCCACAAUGCCGCUUCUACUUCGUGCUUAACAUGUUCUCUCAAAAUUUCGCGUUGUCCAAUCAAGAACCCAUUGCUGAAAUUGCACGAAUCGCUCCAUUCGAAACUGUACGCAGAGUCUAAUGGAGGCAAAAGACCGGUGAGAAGCGUGGUGGUUAUGAGCAUGGAGGCUGGUAUAGGAGUAAUGGGCACAAAAUUAGGGAUGAUGAGCUAUUUCGAACCUGACGGCAAGGUUGUUCCGGUGACUGUGGUGGGUUUCAAAGAAGGGAAUAUUGUGACUCAGAUUAAGACUGAGGCUACUGAUGGGUACAUUGCUGUCCAAAUUGGAUAUGAAAGGGUGAGGGAUCGAAAAUUGACGAAACCGGAGCUGGGUCAUCUUGAGAAGGUGGAUGCUAUUCCUAUGAGACAUCUUCAGGAGUUUCGUCUUCAAUCUGUGGAAGGGUUCGAGCCUAAUCAGCGACUUGUGUUGGAUGAGAUUUUCAAGGAGGGGGAUCUUGUUGAUGUCUCAGGCAUCACCAUUGGCAAGGGGUUUCAAGGUGGGAUCAAGCGUCACAACUUCAAAAGGGGUUUGAUGACCCAUGGUUCAAAGAGUCACAGGCAGCUAGGAUCAAUCGGUGCAGGAACGACGCCUGGGCGUGUGUACAAGGGGAAGAAGAUGCCUGGGAGGAUGGGAGGAACAAAGACCAAGAUCAGAAAGCUCAAGAUUGUCAAGAUUGAUAAAGAUCUUAAUGCUGUCUUGAUCAAAGGCGCUCUCCCUGGUAAGCCUGGAAAUCUCAUCAGGAUUGCUCCUGCCAAGAUUGUAGGCAAGAACAUUCCCAAGAAUUAGUAGAUUUUUUCCUUCCCUCGUUGGUUCUUUCUUUCUCUAUUGGCUUCAUUAGUUUAACUGUAAGUUUUUUUAACACUCUCUCCCACCUAGGCCAAUAGCCUUAUGUCACUAUUACGCCAUUGUAAUUCUCGUUUCUUGCCAAUGAAUGAGCUAUACAGUACCUUAUGUUGAAUAUUCUUUGUUUUUGGUGAAAUCAGAUGUGUUUCCUAGUUUAUUA